UUUCAUUAGUUAAUUUUUUGCGGCGGACCGACUGGGUUGAUUAAUUGAAUAUUAUUUUAUGAGCGGUUAGAAUUUUGCAUGAUCUGUUCUGAAAAAUAUACAGAAAUACAAAAGUGAAUGCGGAUAUAAAAUAUGUGUAUAUGACAUAAGUAUGCACAAUGCCACUAUGUAGAGAAUGUAUUCUAUCAUUGGCACAAUGCAAGAUAACGAGUUUUAAUCAAUGUGCAACAAAGGGAAUGUAAAGAAGGGAAAAGAGUAGUGGUGUGAUGUAUUGAUAAAGAGACCCAGAGGGAAUGAAAUUGUUUACGAUACCACGGAAAAAUUGCAAAAUUGCAGCAAUGCUAUAAAUUCAAGUUGGAAAGCGAAAUUAACGGAGUGGAACCUAAGCAGAUAAACCCAAAAAUAAAUGAAUAAAAUAAAAUUUUAUUACGCAGUAUUAGAGAAAUAAGUGAAUUAGAAUAAAACAAAAGAAAAAAACGGUAAACGGAAAACGGUAACAGAAGUAUCUGCUUCGAUACAGAAAAAAGUCGUAGCAGUUAAUUCUCAACGAAAAAUGGGAAAGUUAUUGAGUUUAUUGGCACGCGAUGAUUCAAACUGUUGCGCAGCUAAAUCCUACGAUGUGUUUUUAGACUUUGAAAACGCGGCGCCGACAGAUACUGAGCGUGAGAUAUUCGACGAAGUGGAGCGUGUUCUGAAGGAAUCAGAGAUCGUACUGGAGGAAAUUCAAGUGUAUAAGGGUGCUGGUAAAGAAAUUCGUGAAGCCAUUGCUGAUCCUUCACCAAAAUGUCAGGAAAAAGCUUGGGAUGCAGUUUUGCCUUUGGUGAAGAAGCUGAAACGAUGCUACGAGCAUUCUCUGGAAUUGGAAAAGAUUGUCCCAAAAUUGCUGGGUCAAUUAGUUGGUGGCAAGCUGAAUCCCACACAACAUCUGGAGACGCAACAAGCACUGGUCAAACAACUAGCCGAAAUUCUGGAGUUUGUCUUAAAAUUCGAUGAAUAUAAGAUGAAGACACCUGCGAUACAGAAUGAUUUCAGCUACUAUCGGCGCAUAGUUAGUCGACAACGCAUCGACCAGACCAAUAGCAUGUUGGUUAGCACGGAAUUGGCUAAUCGUAUGUCCCUCUUCUACGCACAUGCUACACCCAUGCUUAAGGUGCUCAGCGAGGCGACGUCCAAAUUUGUCAACGACAAUGCUGACGAUGUGGAGAACACGACAGAAACACUUGGCACAAUGGCCAAAGUAUGCUUGCGAAUGCUUGAAAAUCCUAAAUUACUUCAGCAGAUCGAGCGAGAGGAAACACAUCUGCUGGUGCUACGAGUAAUGGUUGGCCUUGUUAUUUUGUACGAUCAUGUACAUCCGGUAGGAGCAUUCGCACGUGGCUCACAUGUAGACGUUAAAGGUUGUGUACGCUUGCUCCAGGCGCAACCAGCCAUCAAGGCGGAGCCGUUGCUAAAUGCGUUGCGUUACACGACAAAACACCUAAACGAGGACAACACACCGAAGAAUAUACGCAAUCUAUUAGCAGCAUAAUAGUGAAGGCAGUGGCGCCGAUAGCGCAGGAGCAAACCGCCAUUAACACUGCUAUUAUCUUUUCUCAACCACAGUCACUACCGUCAUGGAAUAUGUGUAUCACUAGCAAAAGAAAAACAAUAAUCUUAAUAACAAAUUGAGCGAAAAAUGCAUGGAAUCGUGGUUUUACAUUUUUACAUAUUCACAUACAAACUUAUUCUAAGUAACUAAAAUUCUGUAAUGUUAAUGAAGACAAGUAGAAUUGCCACAAGAAAAACACAAGAUUAGGACAGAAGAAUAUCUGUAGCUAUAGAAAAGGGGUAAAGCCUGGGCUUUUUUAACAUUUAUAAUAUGAACUUAUGGCUUUUAGUGUGCUUUUUUGAUAUGCUUUCACAAUUUUUAAUAAAUUUGAUUCGAGUAAGAAAUUUGCAUUGUACAUCCUGAUAAAAGCGAUGAGCUCAUAGUCAGUCCUAUUGUUAACGUUUUAUAUUUUAUAACAGUAAUAUAAGAGUAGGGAUGGUGCAGAGACAACAUAUCUAUUUUGCAAAGGAACCAUAAAUGAACCGCAUAUAUUUGGUGCAAAAUCUUGAGUUGUACACGUAUCAUAAAUGAAUGCGAUGAAAGUUAGUUAAUGAAUGAAAAAUAUUGUAUUGUGAAACUAAUUUAAUUAUUUAGAUAUAAGUUAUUAAAUGCUUAUCAGAUAAACUUUAAGUAUUUUUCAUUUUACUGUAGUCGUUCAAAUAUUAUGAAGUGCAAGAGCAAAGAAAACCACAUAAAACCUGUAAAUUUAUUUAUCUUUACAAGUAAUUACAAAUUGGGAAUGGCAGUUAGUUUAAAGUUAAAAGAAAAGCAUUCCUUAAUGGUUUGUAUAGAACUUGUACCCUUCAUUAGUUUCUUUAGCCAUCCAUUGUUGUACAGCCCUAUGCAUAGUAUUGCGAAUAUUGCGGAUCAGGUUGAGAGUUUAAAAAUAUGAAUUUACAAUAGUCGCCCGGUGGUAUAGACACUCAAAUAUAAUAUAUGAAAACUUAAAAGAGCGAACAGCAAAAAUAUACGAAAUAAAUCCAUUAUAAAUUGGUGAACAUUAGUUGUGCUCGUUAACACAGAAGUUUGUAAUUGUUAGGUAUAAUGCAACUAGGUGUUACUUAACGCCAUAAAAUUAUACAUCACUCAAAAACUAAGAGAGCAAAGUGACAGUUCGACGCAAGAGAGAUGCUCAUUUUGUGUUGUAGAAAUUUUAACCAGCAAAAUGGAAGAACCUAAGUAUUUAGAGUAUUUAUAUUUAUGGUAAUUUAUUUUCAUAACGUAAAAAUGUGUCUUCAUGUAGCAGUUUUCGUAAGUGAUGUGUAAUUUUCCGCUCCUUAAUUUUUGCCUUUUUAUUUCCUUUAGGAGAGAAUUUUCAGUUUCACUCUAUAUGGAUUGAUGGCUAAUUUGCCAUCGAACACAACUACAUUACAACUAUGAUCUUUGUGUAGUUUUUUGUUGGUGUUCUGCUUUACUGUUGUAAUUAUUAUUAUGAAAAAGGGAAUUUCGUUGCAAGGCAAGACAGUCGGGUCUACGUUAUCGUAUCGUUAACGCGACCUCCAAAACUUCAUGGAGACUUUUUGUAGACUGUUACAAUAAUGACACCAGCCUUGACAAUAUUAUAAUUUAGCUUGCUUGUUCUACCCCGGCAGUAAAUAAAAUUAAACGUAAUAUUUUAAAUUUGGAGCACAAAAUAUGAAAGUGUCGCGCAAUUAGCGAGGAGGAUGUUAAAAAUGAAGGCAUAGGAAUCAAACGUGAAAUUCAGAGGUAAAAGCUUACACUUUUGGCUGCGUAAAAAAAAUAUUAUUGUAAAAAUAAUAUGCCGCUGAUUCGCAAGUGCAGAGGACACAUUACAAAACUAAAUAGAAAAAAUCAUAUAAUAUGAAACAAAAAAAAAUAAAAAAAAGAUUAACAAUCUAAUUAAACUUUCCAUAGACAUUGGUUUUACUAUUUUAGCGUGAAUUUGACCUAUUUCGUUUCCCCGUAAAUCAACUGCAAUAAUGAAAUUCAGUACUUCAUUUACAUAUCUGAUAAAAUAAUAGUUAACAAUUAUAUAAAAUUUACCGCAUAUAAAGUCAAUCUCCGACUAAUAAUAUGGGCAAUUCACUGAAGUGAUCAGGGCAUGUUUGCAUUAAUUCAUGUAAGCGAACGGCUACUGUAUUAUGUUUUUGUGGUUUUCUGAUAUAGAAUUGAAACAAGUUCAUACACAUAUAAACUACCAAAUUAAUAAACUGCAUUUAUAAUUUAAUGUAUAUAAAACUAAAUAUGUAUGUAUUACAUAAUACGCGAUAACACUUAAAUGUCCCUGCAUGCAUACGUGUGUGCAUAUGUAUGUAUACUCCGUGUGAAAAUAAUAUGAAUAUCCAAAUUUAAUAUAUAUUUUAAUUUUUAUAAAAUACAUGAAACGUAACUAAAUUAUGAUAGCUAAAAUCAAUACUAUUUGUACCAAAAAACAAUAUUUGUUAUAUAGAAAAAAUAUGAAGGUGUAAUGAAAUAAGAUGCAAAAUUAAA